ACGCCCCUUAGUGUUUUCAUUAAUUCCUAAAUAUCGCUGGCCCUCCUCUCGUUCGUUACGAAGCUUCUAGAAGGCUAUUGGCGGCCGAUCAGUGGGCCAUCCUCUGUUCCAUGCCUCUCCGUAGGCUCCAUCGAGCCAUCGUCUCUUUCAGGUUCGAUUCCCUUAGUCACGGCCUCUUCGAAACCCUAAUCGCUGUCCCGAUCGCCGUUCUCCGCCCCGCCACCGCCUCCAUUAUCGAUUCGCAAUCGCAUUCCUUGGCCUAAUCCGCCAUUCGCAGAAUCAGAGUGGAGAAAAGGUUGGGUUUUCCAAGCUCGUUCAGUGGCUAAUCUCCUUCGCCGUGUUCGUAAUUGUGUACGAAAAUAUAAGUCUACUAAUUCUUGGAUCUAAAAGGUUUGAAAUUUGAAAGCUUCGUGAGCAAGAUCUUGAAGCCAUUGGCAAAAAAUGCAGAAUACAGAUUUCUUUUUGCAGUCAUCUUCAGGCAUAGAUCUCGCCGCAACAAACCCGGAAAACACACCGGAGAAGAUUGAAGAUGGAAAAGGAGUAGUUUCCUUAUUCCAUUGCGAUCUUUAUGACACAGAGAUAGUUCACAAGAUAGCCCAAGUUUUCCUUCCUGGAAUAGCCACAGCUUGUGUUGACAACACAACUGGGGAUAUCUUCAAGAUCCCGGCUACAGUGGCCUUUGACUUGAGAAAAGAAAUGGUGGAAUACCUCAAUCAAAGAAGCGAAAACUUUGUUGCAGAGACUGUGAUCGUAGAAGGCGGUCCCGAAGCAGAAGCAUCUGAUCACCCUUAUGACAUCAUCUCUGAUUUUGUUGAUGACUUUGCAAGUUUAAAGAGGAACUUAUUAAGUAGGGUCUCGGGGUGGUUGCUGAGUGAAAAGAGAGAAGACAAGAUAGACGAUUUUGUUCAAGAGAUGGAGAUUAAUGGAUUUUGGUUGGUGGAUAAGAGGGAAACGAUUGCACAGGGUUUGCUCAAGAAUGUUGAUUUUAAGAAUGAGUAUCACUGCGGUAUGAAAUUUGACUCUCCAGAAGAGCUUGCUGAGCAUGUUCAGAGCUGCGGCUUUAGGCCUAUGACUUGCCAAAACAUGGGGUGUAAUGCUGUGUUUUGUUUGAGAAACUCGGAGAAGCAUGAUUCUGCUUGCGCCUUUAAGAUAAUUCCAUGUGAACAAAUGUGCUCGGAGAAUGUAAUGAGACGCGAGAUGGAUAGACAUUGCGUUACUGUGUGUCCAAUGAGGCUCGUGAGUUGCCAUUUCUAUGCGGUCGGUUGUCAGUCCCCGUUACCUCAUUCUAUGCUAGAACAACAUCGUUUGGACGAUCUCCAUUCUCACUUGCGUUACGUCCUUCGAAGUAUUCACAAGGAAGCCUCUAAAGAGGACCUGAAACAACGAGUAGACCAACUAGAAAAGGCAUCAUCUUUCAAUCAAUUGGCAAACGCUCAAGAUGUGAGAUCGUUAACAUCUGCAGUGAAGGAUCUUGAAACAAAGCUAGGGCCAUUCAGACUGAACGGUGAAAACAAGGAUAACGAAGAAACUGGAGAAACUCAAAAGUUGUGAUAGGCUGCAACAUGUUGGGGCCCAUGGCUCCAAGGAACUUGUCGUCCAUAAUUUGUUGACCUUGUGGAGUACAAUUCGAUUUUUAAUGGGAGAACUUUAAAAGGACAAAAAAAAUUUAAGAGAGUUAUUAUCUGAUUUUCUCCUUUUUAAGGAACAAAUUCAAGAAGUUUGUUAGUCUCAUUACUCAAAAAUUAGUAAAUUCACACAACUAA